AUGCAGGUCUUUUCUACUCUUCUUCCAGUCCUGGGAUUUUCGGCGCAACUUGCCGCUGCAGCCUAUACUCUGCAAGAUGACUACGGCAACGGUUUCUUCGACAAGUUCGCCUUCUUCACCGAUCCUGAUCCUACCAAUGGGUUUGUCAACUAUGUCGACCGUGAUACUGCUCAGAAUGCGGGUUUGAUCGGUACGGACGGGUCUAUCCAUAUGGGCGUGGACUCUACCAAUGUGGCCCCGGAUGGCCGCCAGAGCGUGCGCAUCACCAGCACCCAGAGCUACGACCACGGUCUGUUCAUCCUGGACCUUGACCACAUGCCUGGUGGUAUCUGCGGAACCUGGCCUGCCUUCUGGCUCGUCGGCCCCAACUGGCCCAACAGCGGCGAAAUCGAUAUCAUCGAAGGCGUCCACGACCAGACCAACAACCACAUGGCCCUCCACACAAGCGACGGCUGCAGCAUCGACAACUCCGGCUUCUCCGGCUCCCUCACCACCAGCAACUGUUUCGUCGAGGCCCCGGGCCAAGACACCAACGCGGGCUGCGGUAUCGAAGCCCCCUCGGACCAGUCCUUUGGCUCCGGGUUCAACAGCAACGGUGGCGGCGUCUACGCUACCGAAUGGACUGGCGACGCCAUCAGCAUCUGGUACUUCCCUAACGGCAACGUCCCCGCCGACAUUGGCAACGGAAACCCCGACCCUGCCUCGUGGGGGACCCCAGACGGACGAUUCGCCGGCCAAUGCGACAUCAACGCCCACUUCCAGGGGUUGCAAAUCGUCUUCGACACCACCUUCUGCGGCGACUGGGCCGGCAACACCUGGGGCUCCAGCUCCUGCUCCACCCAGGCUAACUCCUGCAACGACUUCGUCGCCAACAACCCCGCCGCCUUCACCGACGCCUUCUGGACCAUCAACUCCCUCAAGGUCUACCAGUCCGGCGACGCCGCUGCCAAUGUCCUUCCCACCCCGUCGCCCAGCAGCUUCCCCGUUCCGUCGUUCACCCCGGCCCCGAGCGGUACUCCCACUCCUUCGUUUGUGAGGAGGAACCGUCGCGGCCAUACUCAUGGUCAUGGGCAUGGGCACCGUGCGUAG